AUGUUGUCCGGCGUUCAAGCUAACGGGCAAAACCAUGAAACGACCUCUUUGGAACGAUCAAUGAUUCAUCGGAACCUUGCACGCUCUCGCUGGCAAAUCCCCUGCAACUCAAGUAAUGCUUUUAGUACAUUUGCUGCUGCACUUGUCUCCUUUCCAGGCCGUCCUCUGUUCAACCACCAAAGAAAGGACCCUUAUCUCGACUUAUCAUCUCUGAGCUUUACUCAGUUGCAAAACUCGUUUGGUCAGCCGAGAAGACCCAAUUCUCAUCUCGAAGCUCGAAAUUCUCCUGCAGUUCCAGCUGAAAACCCAACCCUUUUUCCGUCCUCAAGUUUGAGAAUUUAUGAGUUUCUUGUCCGAAAGUCUCAAUUUUCUUGCAGCUGUGAGGAUGCCAAAGAACUCCAGUUACACAUUAUUAAAAAUGGGUUCGCUGAUGAUUUGUUUCUGUCGAAUACCCUUAUUAAUGUGUACGUUAGAAUUGGCGAUUUGGUUUCUGCACGUGCCAUGUUUGAAGAAAUGCCAAUGAGGAACUCUGUAACAUGGGCUUGUUUGAUUUCGGGGUAUGCCCAAAAUGACAUGCCUAGCCAGGCGUGUGGUCUUUUCCGAGAAAUGAUACGUUAUGGAGGUUUUUUAAAUGUGUACGCAAUUGGUAGUGCUCUUCGAGCUUGCCAGGUUUCAGGACCUUGUGGGGUUAGACUUGGUCUACAAAUUCAUGGUUUAAUUUCAAAAACACCUUAUGCAUUUGAUGCCAUAGUUUGUAAUGUACUGAUUUCAAUGUAUGGGAAUUGCAUGGACUCUGCUGAUUGUGCAUUUCGAGUUUUCAACGGGAUAAGGAUAAAGAACACAGUGUCAUGGAACUCUGUCAUUUCUGUUUGUUCGAAAAGAGGCAAUGUACUGUCUGCUUUCCAGCUUUUCUCCUGCAUGCAAAAGAAUGGCUUGGGAUUUAAUUUCAAGCCCAGUGAGCAUACUUUUGGCAGCUUGAUAAGUGCCGCUUGUUCUUCUCCAGACUGUGGUUUGUGUUUGAUUCAGCAAAUGCUUGCCAACAUUGAAAAAUCUGGACUAGUACAAGAUUUAUAUGUGGGAAGUGCCCUAGUGAGUGGGUUUGCGAGAUUUGGGAUGCUAGAUUCUGCAAAGAAGAUUUUUGAGCAAAUGGGCUUGAGAAAUGCAGCGUCCAUUAAUGGUAUGAUGGUGGGAUUGGUGAAGCAAAAGAGAGCAGAGGAAGCAUUGGAAACUUUUUUAGAGUUGAGAAACUCAGUUAAAAUAAACUCUGACUCUUUUGUGGUUCUUUUGAGCGCUUUUGCAGAGUUCUCUGCCAUAGAAGAAGGGAGGAGGAGAGGUCGAGAGGUUCAUGCUUAUGUCAUGCGAACUGGUUUAAUUGAUUCCAAGGUUGCCAUUGGAAAUGGGUUGAUUAAUAUGUAUGCGAAAUGUGGUGCAAUUCAUGAUGCAAUCUCAGUUUUCUAUCUCAUGGUUAAAAAAGAUCCAAUCUCAUGGAACUCAAUAAUUUCUGGACUUGAUCAAAAUGAACAUUUUGAAAAUGCUAUCACGAGCUUCUGUACAAUGAGGCAGAAUGGAUUAACGCCCUCAAAUUUCACAUUGAUCAGUGCCUUGAAUUCGUGUGGGAGCUUAGGUUGGUUGAAGAUGGGAAAACAAAUCCAUUGUGAAGGAGUUAAAGUGGGUCUUGAUAAGGAUGUUUCAGUUUCAAAUGCUCUUCUUGCUUUAUAUGCAGAGACUGGUCUUAUCACUGAAUCCCAGAAAUUAUUUUCUUUAAUGGCAGAUUAUGAUCAUGUAUCUUGGAAUUCCAUUAUUGGGGCAUUUGCUGGAUCAGAGGAACAUAGUUUCGAAGCAGUGAGAUAUUUCUUUGAUAUGAUACGAGACGGAUGGGUUCCUAAUGCUGUAACAUUUAUCAACAUUAUUUCAGCGGCAUCAUCUAUUUCCAAUAUAGAAUUGGGCCAUCAAAUUCAUGCUUUAGUGCUGAAGUACCAUUUUAUGGAUGACAGCGCCAUUGAAAAUGCUCUCCUUUGUUUGUAUGGGAAGUGUGCAGGUGUUGAUGAAUGUGAGAAAAUUUUCUUUGGGAUGUCUGACAGGAGAGACAAUGUAAGCUGGAACUCUAUGAUUUCUGGGACAAGUCCACACAUUUUAAGUGAGGAGGGAAGCUCCACACAUUUUAAGCGGGGAGGGAAGCUUAAGUUCAAGUUUAGGGGCAGUGGCCUGUCACGUAGUGCAGAGAAACAUUUUGUCAUUACAAAACUUGUCAAGCUCAAGCCAUCACUAGCGCGAAACGGGUCAAAUUUCUGUUCUCCUCUUGCCUCCCACUAUGGCAGGCUUAUCUACUUGACGUAUCUGCGUGUGUUCUCUACGAAGGAAACACUACCAAGUGGAGGGACGCUGGGGGUAGAAGGUAACUGCUUGGUACCUUCUUCCGUGGGAGUGAAAGUCGGUAAGAGGAACAAAAAGGAUGGCAAUCACAUGCAUAAAGCAAUGAGUAGUCAAGCACGAUUGGUUACGUGA